AUGGUCACACUUUCUUAUCUUAGGUUACAGAGACUUUCUCACCUGCCAAAAAUAGUUCAGGAAGGUAGCAGAUGUAGAGGGAAAAUUACCAAUAGCACAAUAACAGCAUUAAAAGAUAACAGAACUUUUAUUAUAUCCCCGUACUUUGACGACAGAGAAAGCAAAGUCACUCGUGUGAUUGGGAUUGUCCACCAUGAAGAUGUAAAACAACUGUACUGCUGGUUCUGCUGUCAGCCUGAUGGAAAGAUAUAUGUAUCAAAAGCAAAAAUUGAUGUUCACUCAGAUAGAUUUGGAUUCCCUUAUGGUGCAGCAGAUAUACUUUGUUUGGAACCCGAAAACUGUGAUCCAACACAUGUAUCAAUUCAUCAGUCUCCACAUGGAAAUAUUGACCAGCUGCCAAGGUUUGAAAUUAAAAACCGCAAGGCUGAGACCUUUUCUGUUGAUUUCACUGUGUGCAUCUCUGCCAUGUUUGGAAAUUACAACAACAUCUUGCAGUUUAUACAGAGUAUGGAAAUGUACAAGAUUCUUGGGGUACAAAAAGUGGUGAUCUAUAAGAACAACUGCAGCCAUCUGAUGGAGAAAGUCUUGAAGUUUUAUAUGGAAGAAGGAACUGUAGAGAUAAUUCCCUGGCCAAUAAACUCACACCUCAAGGUUUCUUCUAAAUGGCACUUCACGCAAGAUGAAGCACACAUUGGCUACUAUGGACAAAUCACAGCUCUAAAUGACUGUAUAUACCGUAACAUGCAGAGGAGCAAGUUUGUGGUUCUUAAUGAUGCUGAUGAAAUAAUUCUUCCCCUUAAGCACCCAGACUGGAAAACAAUGAUGAGCAGUCUUCAGGAGCAAAACCCAGGGACUGGCAUUUUCCUCUUUGAGAACCAUAUCUUCCCAAAAACUGUAUCUACUCAUGUGUUCAACAUUUCAUCCUGGAAUACUGUGCCAGGUGUUAACAUAUUACAGCAUGUUCACAGAGAGCCUGACCGGAAAGAUGUAAUCAAUCCCAAGAAAAUGAUAAUUGAUCCACGAAAGGUGAUUCAGACUUCAGUCCACUCUGUCCUACGUGCUUAUGGGAACAGUGUGAAUGUUCCCAUGGAUGUUGCCCUCAUUUAUCACUGCCGAGUGCCCCUUCAAGGAAACCUUCCCAGAGCAUCCCUCAUCAGGGAUACUACACUGUGGAGAUACAACUCAUCACUAAUCAUGAAUGUUAACAAGGUGCUGUAUCAAACUGUACUGUAA